AUGCUGUCUCAACGGAUCCUAGCCCGGCGUCUGCCCCAGGUGGCUGCCCGCCACGCCAUUGCCCCCCGCGCAUCGUUCUCCCAGGUUGCGGCCCUCCGGGCUUCCGAAGCUGAGGAUCCUCUACAGAAUGGUGGCUACCAGAACCCUCCCCGCGUGAAGCGUUCUUUCAGAGACCCCUACGGUGGCUGGUGGGAUGCGCAAGAGAAGCGAAACUUUGGCGAGCCUGUCCACGAGGAGAACGAAAUUCUUGGUGUCUUCAGUCCCGAGCAAUACACCCACGUCUCUGCCGGCAAGGGUUUCUUUCACCUCGGGUGCUUCGUUGUGGCCUUCCUCGGCGUGUGUGGCGUGGUUAGCCUCUACUACCCCGACAAGCCCAGCGUCCCCAAGACUUACGUUGAUGGUCUGGAGAAGGAGCUGGGCGGACCGAAUGCGUCGCCGGCUCGCAAGGCUGGUGAGGACAAGUGGUAA